AUGAAUAAUAAUUAUAAUAAUUAUUAUAAUAAUAAUGAAAUUAAUUUAAAUGAUUUAGAAAGUAAAAGUUUUGAAUUUAUUUCAAAACUUGGAAAAUCAUAUUGUAUUUAUACAAAAGAUUUAAAAAAAAAAGAGAUUAUUGAAAGAAUUAGAUCAAUUAUAAAAAUGAAACAAAUCUAUUUAGAAGAAAAACAAAAAGAUGAAAAUAUUAAUUCAUUUAAUAAAAUCAAUAAAAUAACUUUAUUUGAAGGUAUUGAAAUAGUUGAAUUAUUAUUUUGGAAAGUAUUUAGAAAUAAAACUAUUUUUAAGAAAAUAAUGUCAUUUAUGAAUAAACAAUUUUCGUCAAGCUAUGAUUCAAUUAUAUCAGUAGAGAAAUUAAUACAAUUUGAUCAAUUUGGUAUUUUAAAAGAAAAAGUUAAAAGAAAUUGUAGAUAUUUACAUUUUGAAGAUGAUUUAUUAACAAAGAAUGGUUAUUUAAUUAGAUUAUUUAGAUCAAUUAAAAAUGAUAAAGAAUUUUAUAGAAAAUUAUUUAAAAAUCAUAUUAAUUUUGAUACUGAUUUUACCACUAUAAUUUCCAAUUAUAUUAUCAUUGCAAACAAUAUAGAAUUAUAUCAACUAUUGGUUGAAGAAUUUAAUUAUGAACCAACAAUUGAUGAUAUAAAAUUAUCAAUAAUUAGAGGUUCAAAAAAAUUUAUUAAAUACCUUUUAAAUCAAGAACAACAACAAAUUAAUAAUAAUAAUUUUAAAUUAUCAAAAAAUCAUUUAGAAAAUAUAUAUGAUAUAAAAUAUAAUUUUAGUAAUUAUUCAAAUGGAUUAUUAUUUAAAGGAUUAUAUUGUUUUUAUAAAAAUUAUAAAUUAUUUAAUAAUUAUCAAUCAUCAUCAUCCAUUGAAUUUUCAACACUUUUUAAAAUUAUUUCAAUUUUUGAAAAAAUAAAACAAGAUUUAACAUUAAAACAAUUAAUUACAAUUGUAAAAUUAGUUUUAAUUUUAAUUAAUAACAAUAAUAAUGAAAAUGAAAAUGAACAAAUAAAUAAAAUAUAUAAUAAUAUUAAAAACAAUUCAACUAUAACUUUAAAUAAUAUUGAAAAUUUUAAAAAUAAAUUAAAUAAAGAGAAAUUAAAAUCAAAACUUGGUGAUCCAAUAAAUACAAAUGAUAAUGAAAAUAAAGAAUUUAUUAAAAAAUUAUUGGAUUUUCAUUGUUUAAUUUGGAAUUUAAGUAAUUUACCUCUAUCUUUUUAUUUGGGUUAUUAUAGUUUAGAUGAAAAUCAAUUAAAUGAUAAAAUGAAUAAUCAAUGUGAUAGUAAUACAAGUUUUGAAAAUUCAUUAAGAUUUGCAAAUUAUACAGUUUUUAAAUUAUUAACGCCAAUAGAACUUCAAAUAAAUAAUCUUUGUUUUUAUUUUAAAUCUCCAAAUAUCCUUUUCUCAAAUUGUAAUGAUAAAAAUAAACAAAUUGAAUUUAUUUUUAAUAUUUUACAAGUUUUAAAAUCAAAUUUUAUUUCAAAAGAAAAUUUUGAUAAUCAAAACUUGGAAGAACAAAAACUUUUACUUUUUUAUUUUAUUAUUAAUUAUAAUGAUUUAGAAUUAAUAAAGUAUGUAUCAAAUCAGUUUGGAAAUUUAAUGAAAUAUCCAAAAAAGUUUAUUGGUAGAUUUCCUUUUUUUAUUACUUAUUAUAUAAAAUCAAUAUUGGUAUUAGAUUAUUUAUUUGAAAAUCAUAAAGAUCAUUUUAUUUUUUUUAAUCAAGAUAAUUAUAAAACAAUUCUUUAUUGUUUUAAAGAUUUAAAUGUAUUACAACAUUAUGAAAAAAUGAUAACUUUUGAAACUAAAGAAAAUCAAGAAUAUGAAUUUAGAGGUUUAAGGGAUUAUUGUAUAGAGAAUUUUUCAAAUGAAAUAAAUUUAUAUAUUCUUUCAAAUGAAAAUAUUAAUUAUCAAAAUAAAAAAAGUAAUAAUCCAAGAAUUUUCAAUGUUCCUUCAUUUUUUAAUGAUAUUGGUUUUUCUAAUUUAUUAUUGGAAAAUCAUAAACCAAUUAUAUUAGAUUUAAUUGAGUUUAAAGAUAAAGAAACAAAACUAACUAAAUUAUGGGAGAAUUUAAAUUUUUUUAAACUUUUGGAUUGGAUUUAUGUAAACUAUUCAAAUAAAAUGAAAAUUGGUUCAAAUUUCAUUGUUGACCAAUUUCAAUGGAUUUAUUUUCUUUGUGCCGCUGGUAGAUUUGAAGAAAUUGAAACAAAAUCAAAUUACUUUAAAACUGAAGACCCAUAUGAAUUUUUAAUUCCAUUUAAUGUUUAUUCUAAAAAUGGUGAUUUAAAAUUAUUAGAUUUACUAUUCAAACAUUUAAAUUAUAUUACAACAUCACCAACAACAUCAGAUAAGUUUAAAUUGCUUGUUCCUGACUUAUUUUAUGAAAUUAUAUGGAAAUCAAUAGUGGAUUCAAAUUUAAAAACCCUAGAAUUCAUUCAUGAAAAUUAUGAUUUCUUUUUAAAAGAUAAAGAAACAAAUGGAGGAAUAUUGCAUUUGGAAUAUCUUGAAGAUUUAUUAUCAUUUUCAAUAAAAUCAAACAAAAUCAAAAUAUUUGAAUUUCUCUUCCAAUUCAUUCCAAUUACAAAAAUAAAUUUGGAAAAAAUUGCUUCAAAAAGAUUAUUAUUAUAUUUUGAAAAUAAAUUAAAUAAAUAA